AUGGCCACCUUCAAGCGACCAGUGACACCCGAUGCUUGGAAGGGAUUGAAGUUUUCAAGAGUGAUUCCAACACUUCAUGUUAAUUCGAUUGAAGAAUCGAUCAAAUUCUAUACUGAACGUUUACCGUUUUACUUAUCCGGUCGAGAUUCUAAUGAUCAUUGUUGGUUAACGGUACAUGGUUCGAACGCAAUCAACCCAUUCACUGGUCUCGAACAAGGAUCAGUAAAUGUUUAUCUACGUCGUCAUGGGUUCGUUUCACGUUAUGAAAGACCAGAAGGCGAAGUGAAUGAAGAAGCAAAAGGGACCGAAGAAAAUGCAGUGGGAGCAGGAGGCAAUGGGAUAGUUUAUAUCCGAUCAGAUGGCAAUGAAGAGCAGUUUAGAUCACUUUAUAAGACUAUCAAAACCUCUGGAAUCGUGGCUGAUCAACAUCAUCUACGUGCUACACCUUGGGGAACGUUGACUUUUGGUGUGAAUGACUUGGAUGGAAAUCACAUUCGGUUCUAUGUCUCACUCCGAUCAGAGAGCCGUGCUUAG